AUGAGGCGAUUCAUCGGGUUAGAAAAGAGACUUUUAGCCAAUCUUGAACUGAAGGACAUGUAUACGGAAUUCAUCCACGAAUAUAUUCUCAUGGGUCACAUGAAAGAAGUCACCGAGAAAAACUAUCAGAAUCAAAAUUGUCAGAAUGUUGUCUAUUAUCUUCCACACCAUGCAGUGCUGAAACCGGAUAGCACGACAACGAAACUACGUGUAGUUUUCGACGCUUCGUGUCGCACCUCAACCGGCAUUUCUUUAAAUGACGGGUUGAUGGUCGGCCCAACGAUUCAGAAUGACCUGUUGUCCAUCAUCCUGCGCUUCCGUCUGCAUCGAUACGCCAUCUGUGCAGAUAUUGAGAAGAUGUAUAGGAUGGUGAUGAUACAACAACCGGAUCAGCAUUUACAGCGAAUUUUAUGGAGAGAUUCGCCCGACGAAAAAAUCAGAACCUAUGAGUUAACGACCGUGACGUAUGGAACGGCUAGCGCUCCAUACCUGGCAACGAGGUGUUUAAGAAAGCUAGGAGAAGAUAGCUCAGCCACUCAUCCGAUAGGCUCAAAGAAUUUGUUGGCUUUGGAAGGGUUGUCCGUUCCAAGGUGGGUUGGGUUUAGCGGCAGAUGCCUGUCAGUUCAACUACACGGUUUCUGCGAUGCAUCCGAAUUGGCAUAUGGAGCCUGCCUAUACCUUCGUUGUGUCCAUGCGGAUGACUCAGUAACAGUACGCCUACUAACUGCAAAAUCCCGAGUGGCCCCACUAGAAAAUUUGAAACUAUCAAAGCGCAAAACCACCAUCCCUCGACUAGAACUUUCAUCCGCCCUUAUACUGAGUCAUCUCUACGAAAAAUUCGUUUCCGUCAAUCCAAAUAUCAAAGAUGUGUAUCUAUGGACUGACUCAAUGAUAGUGAAGCACUGGUUGGCUUCCCAUCCUUCCCGUUGGCAAGUUUACGUCGCCAACCGUGUGUCAGAAAUUCAACACAUUACAAAAAUGGCAAAAUGGAAUCACGUUGCUGGUAUCGAGAACCCUGCCGAUCUCAUAUCACGUGGAGCCUCACCUAAACAACUGCGCGAUCAAAGCUUAUGGUUUGAUGGCCCAAAAUGGCUAUCUCAACAACAACAGUCAUGGCCGGUGGAAAACAAUGUUAGCUCAGAAGAAUUCGAGCCAACGUUACUUGAAGAAAAGCCAACAACUACGCUUGUAGCCCUCGAAGUUACAGAAAAUGAAAUCCUUAAGGCAGAAACACAAUACAGCACUUGUUCGGAUAGUAGCACUGCUUAA